AUGCUCCCUGCACCACUGACCACCAGACACCUGCUUCCCACAGCCAGCGCCCGAGAACUCAGGUGCAGGAAAAACCAUGGAGGGGGUCUCAGCCUCAACACAGAGAUCCGAGAGGCCUUCAAGGUGUUCGACCGUGAUGGCAAUGGCUUCAUCUCUAAGCAGGAGCUGGGAACGGCCAUGCGCUCCCUGGGUUACAUGCCCAAUGAGGUGGAGCUGGAGGUUAUCAUCCAGCGGCUCGACAUGGAUGGUGAUGGCCAAGUGGACUUUGAAGAGUUUGUAACACUCCUGGGACCAAAGCUUUCCACCUCGGGGAUCCCAGAGAAGUUCCAUGGCACUGACUUUGACACUGUCUUCUGGAAGUGUGACAUGCAGAAGCUGACAGUGGACGAGCUGAAGCGACUCCUCUAUGACACCUUCUGCGAGCACCUGUCCAUGAAGGACAUAGAGAACAUCAUCAUGACAGAAGAAGAGAGCCACAUGGGCACUGCUGAGGAGUGUCCUGUGGACGUGGAAACUUGUUCCAACCAGCAGAUCCGCCAGACGUGUGUGCGAAAGAGCCUGAUCUGCGCCUUCGCCAUCGCCUUCAUCAUCAGUGUCAUGCUCAUCGCAGCCAACCAGGUGCUGCGCAGUGGCAUGAAAUAGGCACCACAUGGGUGCCCACCUGGUAUUUGCAAUGCCCAGGCUCACUCCACACCUACCGCUGCCUGCAGCCCUCCCCCCCACAGCUUACUCCUUGGGCCACCACCCACGGGCACUUCGAGCCUGGACAUUGACCACCCCGA